AGCAGUGCCGAGUAGAACUAAAAGAUUUUCAGAUUUCACUUCCUUGUUUACGAUGUGACGUAAGAAUGUUGCAAAUGUAGUCAACAGAGGGCGCUAUAAAAGCCACAAUGGCUCCGUCUAAACUUCUCAAGAGUAUUUGCCUCAUCGCCUCCAGAGUUCUGACUGAGAGUGGCAGCAGACCGACGUUUACUCCAGCAUCUGUGCCAAGAUGUCGGCAGUUCUUGGCAACAUCUUCCGCCGUUCACCAGUCAGUGCCAGCCUCAGCUCUGAAGGCUCUUCAAACAACUCUUGGGGAUAAAAGCGUCUCAUCAGCUGAAGCAGUCUGUGAGCAGCAUUCGCACGAUGAGUCCUACCAUCGGACAUUUCUUCCAGACGUCGUGGUUUACCCAAAGAACACCCAAGAGGUUUCAGAAAUAGCCAAGAUCUGCAGCCAGCAUAAGUUACCCAUGGUGCCCUUCGGCACUGGCACAGGGCUAGAAGGAGGGGUCACAGGGUCAAAGGGAUCAGUUUGCAUCGACCUGAGCCACAUUGACCAGAUCUUAUCCUUGCAUAGCGAGGACUUUGACGUGACUGUUGAGCCUGGGGUUACGAGGCAGGAUCUCAACAACCACCUGAGGGAUGCUGGUCUGUGGUUUCCUAUAGAUCCUGGCGCUAAUGCCUCGCUGUGUGGCAUGGCGGCUACCAGUGCGUCGGGUACCAAUGCCGUUCGCUACGGUACAAUGAGAGAAAACGUGUUGAAUCUUGAAGUAGUGUUGGCUGAUGGUACUGUCGUACACUCUGCCGGCAAAGACAAAAGGGCCAAGAAAACUGCUGCUGGGUAUAACCUGACAAACCUGUUUGUUGGGUCAGAGGGCACGCUGGGCAUCAUCACUAAGGCAACACUGAGGCUUCAUGGGAUACCUGAAGCUACCUUAGCCGCUGUGUGUUCCUUUGACUCUGUCCAAGAGGCCGUCGACUCAGUCACCCAGGUCAUGCAGUACGGGGUACCAAUUGCUCGCAUUGAGUUUUUGGAUGAGGCUAUGAUGGAAGCUUGCAACCAUUACAGUCACCUGGACCACAAAGUGGCUCCCACGCUAUUCCUAGAGUUUCAUGGCUCGGAAGAAAGUGUCAAAUCACAGGUGCAGUACGUGGAGGAAAUAGUGAAAGCCAACAAUGGGUCUGACUUCCAGUGGGCUGACAGACCCGAAGAUCGGAGUAAACUGUGGAAGGCGCGACAUGACUGUCUGUAUGCAUCACUUGCCGAGAGGCCUGGAUGUAAGGCUUUGUGUACGGACGUCUGCGUACCAGUCUCUAUGCUGCCACAAAUAAUAGUACAGACGCAAAAUGAUCUGAAAAACUUUGGACUUUAUGGUACCAUCGUGGGCCACGUUGGAGAUGGUAACUUCCACGUUGCAAUCCCUGUCGAUACAGACGACCAAUCAGAGAUGGCGACCGUCAAAAGUUUCUGCAGUCAACUAGGAAGACGUGCUCUGGAGUUGGGCGGUACUUGCACAGGAGAACACGGGAUAGGCAUCGGGAAACAAGAACUACUCCUUAAGGAGGUUGGGGAAGAAGGCGUGGCUACAAUGAGAAAAAUCAAGAGGGCGUUAGAUCCGGAUAACUUGAUGAAUCCUGGCAAAGUCUUCUCAGUGUGAAUACAAAUCACGUAUUCAAGGGAUUUUUUUUUUGCAAACUGCCAUUUUUUAUGCUAUGAACAAUGCUUGCAUUUUCAGUCCGCUUGUAUAAUGAUUAAAUCAUUAAAAAAAUGAUGAUUAUUUUGAAUUGAAAGGGAUUAAAUAAAGCUUAUAUCUUGAGCCUGAAUUAUGCAUAAAUUCUGAACUUGUGCUUUUGGUGUUUUUAAUUGAGCUAUUAACUUGUCGAAUUAAGUUCACAAUGUGCCAAAAGAUGAUUUUUUUUUGAUUUGUUAAUAUCUUCACUAUAUUCCUCUUAAUUAUAUCUACUCGAAUUACAUUUGAGCAUGUAUACACUUUUUAGCAACUCAUAUUAUUCGUACAAUCAUCUCGUAAAUGUUUUAAUUGAAAUGGAUGAAUUAAAACUACUUUAAAAAUAUCUUAUUUACUUAGAUUUAAGUUUUAAAAUAAGUGCAAGAUGUGUCAACUUUUUAUUUUUAUGUGAUCACUUCUUAUAUCUUCAGUCAACGCCUUUUCAUUGUAUCCGCUAAAAUGAGAAGAUGAUAUGUAGUUUAAAGAUGAUUCCCUGUGCUAUUUUCAAGUUUCACCUUGGAAAAUAGAUUUGCUUUCUUCGAUUGCUAUUUUCCUAGCAAUAUAAAAGUUAUUCACUUUUGAAUGAGACAGUGAACAAAAAAAUUCACGGAUGUUUAGUUAUUGAAUUAUUUCUUCACAAAAUUUGAAUUAUUGGCUGCUAGACAAUAAUUCGACUCUCGCAGGACGGGUUCAUUUGUGCACAAAAUGAAAAGCCUUUUUCAGAGAGUUGCAGACGCCCCAAAUGGGAAUAAAGCUCCUUUGUUAAAACAAAACAUACAAAUUGAAAAUUGAAAAUUUGUUAGAAAAAAAAUGUAUUUUUUGAAGAGCGUGGGUAUGCAUCUCUGAUGUUUUAUAUGAACUGUAAAUAAUCAUGAAUUUCAGACAAAAAAGUUUGCAGAGAGUACAUUGCUUCUGCAGUUAUGAUCCUGAACAUAAAAAAAAUACCAGUUGAUCGGCUGGGUUUUCAAAAAGAGGAGGAUGAGGGCCUUUUUAUUUUUGAUUUUUUAUUGAAAAAUGGGCUAAAAUAGCCAUAUUUAGCUUACACAAUGUGUGCCUUAGAAAGGAGGAGGCCCUUUUUAUUUGAUAGUUCUGGGUAGUUGUCUACUAGUUUUGGACCACAAAACCUUCUCAAAGUGCUUAUUGAACAUUAGUAAAAAUAUUGAAAGCAUCAGACCUUCUGAAACAUCUUUUCAAAAAUGUUAUGCCUGAACGAUCAGCUGUUUUUUUUUUUUACUUGGCCUAAUAACCUUGUACUUGAUAGAUGCAUUAUAUAGACUGAUUAACAGUGUUGUAGUAACAUCCAUCACAAGUCCUUACAAGUUAUCAAGUCUCAGUUAAGUCAAAUCACAAUUUAUUCAAUGAACUGUGACAAACAGCCUUCCUUUGAUAUUGUUCAUCCACUGUUGCUUGUGAUUGGACUUGUGAUUUCAGUACUUUGGACUUCGGAUUUACUUUGAACUGGACUUGUGACCGACUUGUCUAUGAAGCCUUUUAGUCCAUAGGCUACUUAUCAAGUGCCAUCCAAUUCGAUUCCAUGAUGGUGGAAAGCACAGUUGUGUCUUGAUACUUUUUUUGAAGGGUGAGCUGUGAAUUUUUUACAGUAUAAACUUUGGAGGACUGAUGCAAAUGUAUUUUUCAGUUUUUUUUACAUAAUGCAAUUUGACAUGUUAUUGCUUUUGUAAACUUUAAGGCUGCAUUUAGUAUUCCUGCUACGUAGCACUGAUACAAAAUUUACGAUAUAAUAGUGAAGAUAUGAUGUUGGUUGUUGAGGUUAUAUUCUGAAAUAAAAUCUUUAUUUGAAUACA